AUGACCGUCCCCAUUGGUCCGGUUGGACAUGUUCCAGGACUCGCAGAUCGUCUACUAUCCCUCGGUCAAUUCCUGCACCAAGGCAUGACUGUUGAGGGUAAUGCCAUCCAGAUAUGGUCUAUACACGAUGGGAAGAUCUACUUGCACUUUGAUGUAGAUCCUAUUAGGCCAAAUUGCUACAUUCUACCCGCCUUAUCUGCUUAUGCUAAGAGCAUUCAAUAUGAGCUGGUCUAUGCAUUGGACUAUGAAACCAUGCACUGCCACAUGGAACAUACUGUGUGCGAUGUUCUACAUCAAAUGCACAAGAAUACUGUUGGCUUCCCUGAGGACAUAAACAUCUCAGACAACAACCCAGUGUGCAGUGGAUGCGCAAAGGGUAAAAUACCUGCGCGUGAAUUUCCUGCCCGCAAAGAGCGCAUUGACAACACAUUCGACCUCAUUCAUUCCGACUUGAAAGAGUUCUCAACCCUGUCGUACGCCAAGUUCAAGUACACCGUAGACUUUAUUGACAACCAUAUGUCCUAUGCAUGGGUUACACUCCUGAAGAAGAAGUCAGACACGCUUAACGCCGCCAAAGACUUCCGUGCUAUGGUCGAGAGUAAAUUCAAGGCCAAAGUGCAAAGCUGGUGCUCCGAUCAAGGAGGCUAA